AUGCCCAACGUCACGACUACCAUCGAGGACUAUUCACCGCUCUUGGUCUACUCUGGGUCCGACUGGACGGCUGGAACGUCUGAGAAUGACACCUCUCUUGACCAAUACUCGCAAAGCAGCUACAUGAGAACGAAUGUCGACGGCGCGACUGUUUUCUUUGUGUUCUACGGCGUCAACGUGCAGAUCUAUGGAGCGUUACGCUCAACCCACGGGUUCUAUCAAAUUGGCAUAGACACGAAGUUGUACCCUCCUGUAAAUGGCCAAACCACCCCGGAUUCCUUCCAAAAAACACUCUUUGCAACUGUCGCGUUGCAGAAUGGGGCUCAUACGGUGAAAAUGACCAACCAGGGUAAAACAUUCACCGACUUGGAUUUUGACUCAGAUCCUUCUUUCAGUUAUUAUCCUUAUUCCUCGUGGUCGGCUAAUCCUAGCAAUCUGGGGACGUUUUCGGGCGGCAAUGGACAUGUGUCGUCGAGCGCUGGGUCCUACGUGACGUAUACUUUCCAGGGUUUUACAUGGAUUCUUGACUACGCGGAAGUCUUCACAACAGCUUCAAUUCAACGGGCGUCUUCUUCCACAUCGACGAGCUCGAAACUAUCCAAGGGUGCCAUCGCCGGUAUCUCAGUUGGCAGCGUCUUCGGACUGUUCUUCAUUCUGGCCGUGAUUCUUUACUUCGUACGGCGCUGGCGCACAGGCCGACGAUCGUCUUCCAUCAUCGGCCAUCACCAAGAAAAAAAGGAAGAGGACAUCAUCCAGCCAUUCAACUACAACCCCCUCCCAGUCGGCGAUGCACCUUCUCCUUUGUUAUCACAGAGCCAUUCUCAGAGCCAACUCGGACAUGAGACAUUGCGCACACAAGUUUCUUUUGGGUCGCUUCCUACUACGCCUCCAACAACGGGGAUAUGGCCUGCGACGGCGGGCACCGUUGCCGGUGCAGCGAGCAAUACAGACUCGUCUGAUGUCACCUCGUCGAGAAACUCCGGGACGGGGCAAGAGUUGAUCGUUCCCCAGCUGCGGGCUAAAUAUCGUCCAGACCUUGCGCCCCAGCUCUUGGCGCCUCCUCCUGCACGCACACGAAGGCCGGGAACUGGUGGAGGCGGUGGUGCGGGGCCUUCUAUACCCGAACUUCAGAUUACCGAGGAGGUUGAUGCUGGUCCGGUUCCGGCUGAGGGUGCGGUGUCCGCUGGUGUUGCAGGCGUGGAUUCAGGGACAACCGCUCCGCCAGAGUAUUCGCAGGAUCCGACAUCGCCAAAUGCUCAAUGACAUUUUUCAUGAGCUUUCCUUCCCGGGGUUCCAGUUUUAUUGUACUUGUCUUUUUCACAAGGGCGCCCAGACACACAUUCGCAUCUUCUCAGUAGUGCCUGUUACUUUAAUCAUUUUUAGGAUCUUUAAUUCAUUUGUACAAUAUCGAGUUACAUGGCCAAAUAUUCGGUUGCACU